AUGCGGUCAGCCCUUAUCGCCAGCACUGCUGGCCUCCUUCUGGGAGGGCAGAUGGCAGCUGCCUCUUUGGACUCUUAUAUCACGAAAGAAAGUGUCCGAUCAUAUCAGGGUAUCAUGGGCAACCUCGGGAACAGGGGUGCUCAGGCUCCCGGUACUGCUGCUGGUUUGUUUAUCGCAAGUCCCAAUACUGCGAACCCCGACUAUUUCUAUACUUGGACUCGCGACUCAGCUCUGACAUUCAAGUGCUUGAUCGACUUGCUGGACAGUGGUAGCUCUCAUUUUGGACUGAACAGAGCCGAACUGGAAACCGACAUCCGGAACUACGUCUCCGCACAAGCAGUGCUGCAGAAUGUAUCCAAUCCUUCUGGUACCUUGGAAGACGGCACAGGUCUCGGUGAACCUAAGUUUGAGAUUAACUUGAACCCCUUCACUGGCUCUUGGGGUCGCCCUCAGAGAGAUGGACCGGCUCUGCGUGCGAUAGCCAUGAUCACUUACUCCAAUUACUUGGUUUCGCGCGGCGAGAAAUCCGACGUGGUCAACAUUAUAUGGCCUAUUAUUUCAAAUGACUUAGCAUAUGUCGGCCAAUACUGGAAUGAGACUGGGUUUGACCUGUGGGAGGAGCAAGACGGGUCGUCUUUCUUCACAUUGGCCGUGCAGCAUCGUGCUUUAGUCCAGGGAGCAGCUCUGGCGAAGAAGAUUGGCAAGACAUGCUCUGCUUGCUCUUCUCAGGCCUCCCAAGUUCUUUGCUUCUUACAAAGCUUCUGGAACGGAAAGUACAUCACUGCCAAUAUCAAUAUGGAUACUGCCCGGACCGGAAUUGAUGCAAACUCAGUUCUGGGAAGCAUUCAUACUUUCGACCCAGAAGCGUCGUGUGACGACUCAACAUUCCAGCCCUGCUCAUCCAGGGCCCUUGCAAAUCACAAGGUCUACGUCGAUGCAUUCCGUUCAAUCUACAAGGUCAAUGAUGGUAUCAAGGAAGGAUCUGCUGCCAGUGUCGGCCGCUACCCGGAGGAUGUUUACCAAGGGGGUAAUCCUUGGUACCUCGCCGAUCUGGCAGCCGCUGAAAUGCUCUACGAUGCCCUAUACCAAUGGAACAAGAUUGGCUCCCUUGAAGUCACUCAGACCUCUUUAGCAUUCUUCAGAGACUUCGAUUACGCUAUCAAGGCAGGCACCUACUCAUCUCGAACCAAGACUUAUAAGAGCCUCACAUCUGCCAUUCGCGCCUAUGCAGACGGCUUUGUUGGAUUGGUUGAGAAGUAUACACCAUCCAACGGUUCAUUGGCUGAGCAAUACAACCGGAACACGAGUGUCCCAUUAUCAGCCAACGACUUGACCUGGUCUUUUGCCUCAUUUUUGACAUCCAUCCAACGCCGCGCUUCAACCGUUCCUGCCUCAUGGGGUGAGAAGACUGCCAAUGAUGUUCCGUCCAAAUGCGCUGCAUCUCCCGUAACAGGUACCUACAAGGUUGCCACCGCAACAUUCCCUACCUCCACCGCAGGAUGUAUCCCAGCAACCGAUGUUGUGCCGGUUACAUUUUAUGUUAUCGAAAAUACCUACUACGGAGAGAACGUCUACAUGAGCGGCAACGUCAGUGCGCUUGGAAAUUGGGAUACAAGCGAUGGAUUUGCGUUUGAUGCGGGUCUCUAUACUGAGACGAAUAACCUGUGGUUUGGCAGCGUUGAGCUGAUCAAAGCCGGUACUGCGUUUGAAUACAAGUACUACAAGGUCGAGCCCAACGGUACUGUCACUUGGGAGAGUGGAGACAACAGAGUGUAUGUCGUUCCCACUGGCUGCCCCAUUCAGCCCAGUGUGCAUGAUGUGUGGAGGUCGUGA